AUACUGUUUCCUAUAUCCUUAAGUUCUGUUUUAACUUUUUUUAUGCCUUUUUUUAUUCAUAGCAUAAUUUUUUUUUCUCUCUCUUUUUGUUUUUUUUUGGUUUAUUGAACUUUUAUUUGAUCUUUUUUUCCAAUUUUACCAAAACUACUUUAAAUAUAUCUUUUUUACUUACCCUGCCUGGAAAUUUUUUUUUAUUUUUAUGUCUUCUAUUCGGUUUAAAACUCUAUUUUGCUUUGUAAAAGGAAAAAGAAUGAAAAGCCCGAAGUCUGCAAUUUUAGGUAGUAAAUCUAGAUUCUUGAAGAUUUUCACUAAAGUUAUUAAUGAAGAUCCAGGAAAUAGAACAAUCAGUCGCAGACAACUAUCUGCUUUAUCACCAACAAAACCUCAUUUUCCGAAUGUAUCAGAGGUGGAAGAUGAAGGCUUCUUCACAGUUGAAGACCUGGCUUCUAGGAUAGAUUUUCUCAUUUGUCUUCCAUACGAAAUAGCCGCAUAUAUACUUGUAUUUGUGGAUUUUAAGACAUUAUGUAGAAUGUCGAGAGUGUCUCGCGCAUGGUAUUGUAUCUCUCGAGAUAACGAGAUAUGGCGUGGUAUGUAUACGUUAAAUGAGGGAUGGAGACACAAUGUACCACGAGAAGUCACGCUUACAGGUGAAGCUGACUGGAAACUUAUGUAUAAAAAUCGAUUUAUACUUUCAUUACGAUGGAAAAAGGGUGAAUGUGAAAAGCGAUAUCUUAAAGGACAUUUAGAUAGUGUAUAUUGUAUUCAAUUUGAUGAACACAAGAUUGUAACUGGAUCUCGUGACAAAACUAUUAAAUUUUGGGACAUUAAUACUGGAAAUUGCUUUCAAACUUUACAUGGACAUGAUCUUUCAGUUUUAUGCCUACAAUAUGACAAUUAUAUCAUGGUUUCAGGGUCAAGUGAUACCACCAUUAUAGUUUGGGAUAUGUCAAAUUAUAACCAAAAUGUACCCCAACUAAGGCGUUUGGAGGGGCAUUGUGCUGGUGUAUUAGACAUUUGUUUUGACGAUUACCAUAUAGUCUCUUGUUCAAAAGAUAGUACGAUUAAAGUUUGGGAUGUGCAAACAGGUGAAUGUCUUCGUACUUUAGUUGGUCAUCGAGGUCCAGUUAAUGCUGUCCAACUUAAAGAUAAUAGGAUUAUUUCAGCUUCUGGUGACGCCUUAAUUAAACUUUGGGAUUUAGAGGAGGGAAAAUGCAUUAGAGAUUUUGUUGGCCACACACGCGGGUUAGCUUGUGUCCAAUUUGAUGGAAAAUACGUCGUUUCAGGUUCAAAUGAUAGAACAAUUAAGAUAUGGGAUGUUGAAACAGCUCAAUGUAUGCGUACACUUGAAGGUCAUACUGAUUUGGUUAGAACAUUACAUUUUGACAAUGAUAAAAUUGUCAGCGGAAGUUACGAUCAAACUGUUAAAGUUUGGGAUUUGAAGACCGGAAAACAAUUGCUUGAUUUCCAUGAAGGUCAUACAAGUUGGGUAUUUGACGUCCAAUUCAGUUUAACGAAAAUUGUUAGUACAAGCCAAGAUCAAAAAAUACUGGUGAUGGAUUUUGCUGAUGAUUUGGAUACAAGAUAUAUUAUUUAAUAAUUUUAGUAAAUAGACUUAUUUAUUUAGGAUUGCUUAAUAUAUAUAUACAUAUAUAUAUAUUUCACUGUUAAUAUUUCAUUCUAUAAUUUUUACACUUAAUCAUUGAUGAUCGUUAAAUAUUUUUUCUCUCUUAUUUUUUCUAAAGAUUUCUAAUUAAUAGACCUUCUUUUUUUCAAUGUUAAUACUUCACUUUAUUUGAUGGAUUUUUAAUCUUUUUUAUUUCUCCUUCGCAUACA